AUGUUCGUCUUUUCCGACGUUCGAGGCAUGGCACAUUCUUGCGCCUCCCUGUUUUGGCAUUUCUGGGAAACACACAGCGAGUUCCUGCACGUCGAACUGAAGAUCCUCGUCAUCACCCUCACCAUACUCUACGUCAGCUCUCAUGCAACUCUUCAUAGACCCGCUUCUGCACAACCACGGAAGAAGGGCAAGACACCCUCUUCUUAUGGUGAUGAAAACGAAGAGGAUGACGAGAAGCCCAACAACAUAGGCGGACUACAGCCCUCCGACGCCAUCGUCUUCCCUAUCAUGGCUUCCGUCGCAUUGGUGGGCAUGUACUACGUCAUUCAAUAUCUACGCAAAGCGGACCUCCUUAAUCUUGUGAUGCGUUGGUACACCUCUGUUGUCUCCGUCGGAAGCCUGGUCACGCUUUACAGCCACGGGUUGCAGCUCGCAACAAGCUUCGUAUUCCCGCGAUAUUGGACGGCCAACGGCAGAGCUAUCUAUCGGGUCAACCAAGCCACCCGCCGCCAUCACGUCUGGGAGCAGGGGAAGGCGGUCAAUGAUCAAGACACCGUCGAGAUGCCUCUUGGUCCUCUUCCCUACGCCAAAGCCCCUUUCCGCCUGCCAGCGUCAGCUCAGAACUUUUUAUGGGAGCUCCGGGGACUUUUCACUGAGAAAUGGAUCCUCGAGAUUAAGGUUCACGGCAUCCUUAGUGAAAAGAUGCCGCUGCGUUUCCAACACGGUCUCGCUGCGUUCAUGGCUGUGAUGACGAUUCUCGUCUACAACUUGACCAAUUCUGCCCUGUUGUCCAACAUACUAGGUCUUGCCUUUUGCUAUGCGACGCAGCAGCUCUUGUCACCGACCAAAUUUGUCACGGGGUUUCUCGUUCUGAUAGGCUUGUUUGUGUACGACAUUGUCAUGGUAUUUUACACACCUUUCAUGAUAACGGUGGCUACCAAGGUCGACGCACCUGUCAAGUUGACGAUACAGACUGGCUCCAAGUCGAAUCUCUUAGGAUUGGGAGACAUUGUCAUUCCAGGCAUUAUGGUUGCCCUCGCCCUUCGGUUCGAUCUCUGGAUGUACUACCAGCGAAAGGUGCGAUAUGUCGCCGUCGAUGCGAAAACCGAAUCCAGUGAAGAAAAGAAAUCCGACCAGCUUACGCAACCCACAAACCCGAGGCGGAUUGCCAAGAGAGCCCAAUACACCGACGUGACCGGAACUUGGGGCGACUGGUUCUGGACUUCCAGGCUCGCAUUCCCGUUCCGAACUUCGCCACAACCCCCGGAGAUCGUUGCGUCCUCGUUUCCUAAGCCGUAUUUCUACGCCUCACUCCUUGGCUAUGCCAUGGGUAUGGGAUUUACGAUGACCAUGCUCAUGGUAUUUAAACACGGACAGCCAGCUCUUCUUUAUCUCGUUCCCGGUCUUAUCGGAUCUCUACUCCUUACCGGUCUCGUUCGAGGUGAGAUUCGGGAAAUGAUGAUAUAUAAUGAGGAUGGCAGCCUCGAUGUGGAAGAUGCCGAGGUUGAACUUGACCAGAACGGCAGGCUCCUUCGCAUCAUAGAAGCUAAAGAGGAGGAGAAAGGAAAGGAGAAAGGAGAUGACAAAAAGGACAAGAGUAGCGGGGAAGAGAGGAAGGAGGGGGAGACGGUCAAAGGCAGCGAAGUGACCGAGGGCCAUCAUGAAAAGAAGAAGCAGCCCGACGUCCUGCUGAUUCGAAUCUCUGCGCCAACUAUUGAAGCUGGGGACAACGCACGGUCAAAGAUUCACGAGGAGUAG